AUGGAGACGUUCGCGAAGUCUAUCAAGUUCUUCGACAGCAAGGCGCGCUCGAUUGAUCCUGGUUGCCUUUCGUCUCUGACUGACACGACGUCUGCACUGCCGUUAAUCCCAAGCAAUAUCCUCAUCGUGGAAGACGACCCGAGCGAAGAAGGCGCAGGCUUCCUCAUCGACCUCGAACAUGGCAAGAUCCUCGACGACUUCGCGCCGCUGCCUUCGCCUUGCAAAACCCAGCGAGAGUGCCUGAGGCUGAUGGAUUGGUAUGAUGACGAUCCGGACGUGAAAAUUUCGUUCGAGCAGACCGAAGAUUUGCUCAGUCGAUAUCAGGACCGUCACACAGCGUCCCUUCACAUUGAGAUGGCCCACAUAAGAGGCCUGAGCGCGAUCCGUAAGGACUUCAUUACACCGAAACAACAAUACUUCAAUGUCGGGAAUACGGUAGCAGCCAGCAAAUCACGGACGGGUACGAAGGCUUUCAUGAGUGGCGAGCUUCUGUCGCAACAUCCGUACGCACACAGUACACAUAACCGUCCCGGAUGCGGCGCCCACGACGUCCUUCACGAUGUGGAAUCUUUCUUCUGGGUUCUCGUCUACCUCGUCAUUACUCGAGAAGGUCACGGAGGACAUCGUCGCCCUGAAUUACUCACAAGUACUCCCUCUGUGGAAGAGGAGACCAUCCAGAACGUGACAUACUGCCUGUUUGACGCUGCCGACGAGCUCACUCUGUGCGACAACAAGAACGAGUUGUUCUUGCAGCCCGAGGAUUUCAAGAUCCAUAUCCUCCCGAUGUUGAACCCGAGGCUAGAGUCGAAGGACGUCCUGGCUGAAUUGGUUGAGAACUGGUGGAAACUCCUCGUCCUCACAUAUUUAACGUACGAUCUUUACACUCCCGGUGUCAUUCACGAUCAGGUUUUGGCCCUUCUCCGUACUGUGAUCGACAAGAUCGCUGCAGUGCCUGGAGGGUGUGGUCCUCGCUACCCGCAGACAGAAACGACAACAUGGGAGUCCAGCCCAAGCAAGCGUGUCAACGAUAGUCCGGCCAAGCCUGCCACAUCCGAACCUCGACGCGAAGAGUCCCCGAGCCCCGCUCGCAAGAGGACGAAGAUGGGCCAGAGCUCCUCGCCUUCUUUGAUGGGCGCCGCGAUCUCUGAGCGCUCGGUGGUUGACCGCACAUACAUAUGUGCGACAUAUACAGCUGUAAGCGGCGGAUGCGGCGUCUCUCUUUCCAUGAAGCUGAAGACCGGGAGAACGCCUCCUGGGCGGCUCCGUUACGAGUUGUUCCACACCAAAUGGCCGGGUGACGUACUCCAAAUCACGGCGGUGGUGGAUGUUGGGCGCUUGCGACAGGAUCGAUGCGAGCCGGUCGUGCUCAGGGUGAUCGGAGAGCGCAUCACCUUCGAUACGAUCAUGCUCAGCGAUGGCGAACCACCUAGGUGCCACGUGGUAUCGAAUUCGUGCCCAAUCAUCUGCUAUGAGCGCGUUUUAUGGGACGCCUACCGCGACGCCGACGAGUCGCGACAACAACCGGAGAUCACGGGCAUACAUCAUCGGCUAGAACUCCUGAUCCCCUUGCAUGCCCCGUUCACGUCGCCGCCCAGCACGGAUCCGCACGCAAGCAUCGUUCGAUACUACCUCGAGCUGGAAUGCGCGUGGUCGCACCGUGCCCUCUUCAGGUUCUUCCGUCCGCGACAUCACCUUGAGCGCCAUCCUGUCACCGUCGUCCCGCGCUGCAGACCGCUCUCAGCGCCCGACGCUGCGUCGCAACGCUCACCACCGGGAACGCCACCGCUGUGGCGCGCAUACACCCUGUCGAGGAACAUUCAAACGCGGUCAUCUCAUUGGGGCAAGUGUGCGCACGUGGAGGUUCGGCUUCCUGACGUUCCCGCGCUUCCUAUGGAAGUCGAUAUUCCGCUCAUGCUCUGCAUGACAAUGCGGUCCACGUUUGUCGACGUUCGUCGUAUUCUGGAUGGCGGGGCCGGACUAUUGCAGAAGCUCCCUGGACCACCGCGGGACGCAUAUGCCGUCACUAUCCAACUCGUCCGCGCCGUAAGCGUGUGCUUCGCUGGCCAUAGAAAGCUUAUCCCAAUGCCUACGCGGAAGGAUGACGUGCAGUGCACUGUUUAUCCCCUCAGCCUGCACGUCAAUGAGCCCGUCUGGGAGCCGCUUGCGCUGCCCUGCGACUCGUCCAUUCGCGGAAUGCGGGCUCUAUGGCCCUGGAUGCAAGACGCGGAGCGCGCAGGGGCAGGAGCGAAACGUGGCGUGCGGUCUGCACAAUUUGCGGCGCGAUUGCGGCUCUCGGUCCCUGUCGGCGCUCUGACCCGGCGAAGACCGCACGAGUCAGCUUCGUACUUCCUCUACGUUCAUAUACCGCUUUCGGGGUUCGAACGCGGCGUCAAGGUUUACGUCCCUGUCAAGUUGGCCUCGCAUUAAGCCAGUGCCUCGAUCGCUGUGCUUGCGAUACAGAGAUCUGAAACAAACAUCGCGCUUCUCCUGAAUCGCAUGUCGUGAUAUUGAGGUGACGGGGAUUAGAAUUUGGACCGUACGGUUCGCGAACUUGUUUGAACACACGAGCUCCCUGCUCGUCUCUGGGAGAAAUUUUCCCGGCGUGUUCCCGUACGUGACAAGAAUCGUGCGGCACCUGACGCCGAUAGGUGCGAUUCGGCGCACUCAGGGCAUGAAACAGCGAUUGCCACGGGCUGUUGU